AUGACCAACCCUGAUGAGGUUAAGGAGGCAUUCUACAAAGACCUGAAUGCUACCAUCUCUGCAGUGCCCAGAGCAGACAAACUCAUUCUAUUGGGUGAUUUCAAUGCGAGGGUAGGCACAGACUAUGCAUCAUGGAAGGGAAUACUGGGGAGAAACGGCAUAGGCAAAUGCAACAGCAAUGGCCUUCUGCUGCUGGAAACCUGCUCUACACACGAGCUUCUCAUCACCAACUCCAUCUUCCGCCUGCCUCACUGGAACAAGACGUCGUGGAUGCACCCUCACUCAAAGCACUGGCAUCUGCUGGACUAUGUCAUACUCAAGAGCGAUCACAUCAAACAGUCUCUGGCUGAAGAAAUUGAGAACAGACUGGACCCCCAAACUUCUUGUACUGGGAACAUCGAGUCAGAGUGGGCUGUCUAUCGAGACACCAUCUAUGCUGCAGCCUCAGAGGUAGUGGGCCCCACCAUUCGCAAGCACCAAGACUGGUUUGAUGACAACAAUGAUCACAUCCAAACACUGCUGGAGGAAAAACAUCGUCUGCACAGAGCCCUUCUUAACUACCCUACCUCUGCUUUCAAGAAGGUUGCCUUCAGCAACAGCAAAAGAAUUAUACAGCUUGAGCUACGCCAAAUGCAGGACACAUGGCUGAGUCAGAAGGCAGAUGAGAUCCAGUCUUGUGCCAAGCGCAACGACAUGAAGAACUUCUACAGUGCACUUAGGAGUGUCUACGGCCCAACUUCGUCAGGAUCGUCCCCUCUCCUUAGUGCUGAUGGGGACACACUGAUCACUGACAGAGAGAAGAUUCUUGAGCGCUGGGCAGAGCACUUUGACAGUGUUUUCAACCGCCCUUCUUCCAUCAAUGACGAAGCAAUCGAGAGGCUUCCACAGGUUCCUACCAACCACGCUCUUGCCGAUGUCCCUACCGAAGACGAGGUGAAGAAAGCAGUCAACCGCCUAUCCAGUGGCAAAGCCCCAGGCGCUGACUCAAUUCCAGCAGAAAUCUAUGCCUCUGGUGGUCCACAACUGAUCAGGAGACUCACCGAGUUGUUCCAGUCCAUGUGGUCCCAAGAGAAACUUCCCCAGGAAUUCAAAGACGCCUCAGUCGUCCACCUCUACAAACGGAAGGGGAACCGGCAGGCAUGCGACAACCACCGUGGCAUCUCACUGCUCUCUAUUGCCGGGAAGAUACUGGCCAGGGUCCUACUGAACCUUCUUACUCAACACUUGGAGCAAGGUCUAUUACCGGAAAGCCAGUGCGGGUUCAGACGGCCGCAGCACCAUGGACAUGAUCUUUGCUGCACGCCAACUGCAAGAGAAGUGUCGGGAGCAGAACGUUAG